AUGCCGUUCAGCUAUACAAGCAAAAAUGUCCAUCUCCGGCCGGACGGAAAGGAGCUCUAUCUCUGCGCCACCUGCAAAACUGACAACGACGAUUGGGUCUAUAGCGAGAUCAGGCUUGACGACAAGCUGAAUGUUUUGCCGGACGAUACUGUUUUCAUCGACGAUCCGAUGUCCGGUUUUGAUCUUUUCCCUGAUCAACCCAAGCCGUUCGCAAUUAGUGGCAGGUCUCUGACGGCACUUACAUUCUGUCUGGAAUUCUAUUUCAGCAACUACAAUGGGAGGCUCGAAUUUGAUGCUCCACACGACGACGUCCGUGGCAGGAUGGUGAAGUACACUCUGACCGAUGACGCAGUCCUACGGGGCUUGGUUGUCGGGAAAGAUGGCCGCCUCCAUUACAGGGGAUUGUCAAUCACUGAUCCUGUGGAGUACGGUUUCUUCGACCCGCGAGGCCCCUUUUUCAGAUUCCUUGAGGACAUUCCACUCCUAGGGUACUACAUUGCUGGAAUUGACGCUAUGGCAGGGGAUGAAGAUGAGGCCAAACACGCUGCGGCAGAGUGCACCUACUCGACGAUGGUACUCGCUGCUUCCAUUGCGGGUGGCACUCUGGGGGGGCCUCUGGGCGCGGCUCUAGGAUCUUCCAUAGCCACAGUAGCGGGGAAAUACGUCGAAGCUGCUAUAGCAGAAACAAUCGAAGACCCGACACUGCGAGCGCCAUUGACAGGCGUCAGUAUCUACAACAUUCUUGUGUCCGAGGUGUUCAUUAUUGCUGGCGUUGGAAUCGGCGAGAUAAGCUCCCAGUUUGGGCAGCUUCUCACAGACGAACUCACUGAAGAAGGCUUUAGCGAGCUGUUCAGCAAGAUGGCAGGCCAGCUGGGGAAAAAGGGUCUGAAGAAACUGACCAAGGAGGAAUUAAAAUUGAUUGUCGACACUGUCAUUAAGGCUGUCCAGGAGGGACACGAUUCUGACUGGGUCGCUAAACAGCUUGGGUUCCAACCGCCUGUCAGGCUGCCGAGCCCGAUUGAGAACCAUUCGGGGCCACCGGGGCACGAUCCUUGGAAGAUCGGUCGAAUCUAG